AAACAAUAAAAAAAAAAAAAAAAAAGGUUCUAGUGGAGGAGAUUUGACCGCCAAAGACAGAACCGUUUGUGCCUUCUCCUCUUCUUCUUCUUUUUUAUAAUCUAUUGAGCGAGCGUUGCACUGAGUAACUGGAAGUUGGAACUUGUAGCCUAGUAACCUACUACUGCCCUGCUACCUACCGCUUGGCUUCGUUGGAUAUACUCUCUGAUCCGGCUCCGAAAAAGAUGUCGGAGCGUGACGCUCACAUUCCGGCGGAAGUAAUCUCCUACUUGCUCACCUUCCUACCGGUGAAGUCACUUCUAAGGUUCAAGUGCGUAUCAAAACCAUGGCUGGCUUUGAUAGACAGCCCAGACUUCAUCAAAAACCACAUCUCCCGCUCCCUCAAAACUAAGCGUAAUCUCACCCUCAUCCUCGGUUACGCCUCAUCAAUCUACACCGCCGACUUCGAUUCUUUUCAGGACGACGUGGCCUACCCUACCAAACUUACCCCUCCAUUAUCGCCGUCCAUCGACAUGCCCAUUCUAGUGCUGGGUUCCUGUAACGGGCUGCUGUUUCUGUCCACCACCUUAGAAGACAGCAUCAUAUGGAACCCAUCCACCAGAAAGCACCAGAAACUACCUCCAACUUCCAUUGAAUACCCAUGUGGCAGGUUUGUAUGGCAUUCUGAAACUGGGUUUGGGUAUGACUCUGUUCAUGAUGAUUAUAAGGUCGUAAGAGUCACCCAAUUUCACCUUGGUUGGGAGGAUGAUUUUUUCCAGAAUGAAGUUAAGGUCUAUAGUUUGAACUCCAAUCAGUGGAGAAAGAUUCAAGAUUGUCCGUACUUUAUUCGGUAUCUAAAACUUGGCGGGACUUUUGCGGGCGAUGCACUGCACUGGAUUGCGGGUAACAGUCCGAGAUUGGGUACCGCCAAUCAAGUCGCUGCUUUUGAUAUAAGAAGUGAGGAGUGGCAUCUGCUGCCGCUUCCUAAAACCUUGGCUGGGGAUUUUUUCAUGAAUUUGGUUGUUUUGGGAGAAUGCAUUGGCUUGUUUUGCAAUUACUAUCGCUAUCACGUCGAUUUCUGGGUUAUGAAAGAAUACGGGGUGAGGGAAUCUUGGAUCAAAAUAUGCUCUGUUGUUCAGCCUACUCAUAUUCAGUCCUUUGAGCAAGUGAAGCCAAUAGGUUACUCAAACGAUGGGAAGCAAGUCCUUUUGGAGCAAAACUCUAGCUGCCUCCUGUGGUUUGAUUUGCAGGAAAAGUCUGUGAAGAGUGUUAGGAUUCAUGGUGGGCCCAAAUUUUUUAAUACAGAUGUUUGUCUGGCAAGUCUUGUCAAACUCCCUUACAGUGAUGUUCAACAAGUCCACCAGAAGAAGAAAACCCAAGAUAGGGGGAACCCGAAAGCUGGUCCGAAGAGAGAUGACUUUCUGUCAAGCGGGUUCAAAUUGGUGCUUUAAGCUGAUUGAGAAGGGGGUCAAACUACGACUUUUGUGAUGGCAGGACUGACGGUUCAUUGGUGCCUGUGAUUAUUCCCAACCGGUGUGAGGAGAAGAGGUGGAGAUGGGGAAUGUUGCUCGAUGUUUUUGUCCUGAAAGUCUUGCUCCAACUCAAAAGAAAGGGGGUUUGGGGGUGGAGGGGGGGAGGGGGGCAAUAUUUGCCAGUACGAACUCUUUGUCGUGGUUUUUGGUGGUUGGGGUUUUGUAUAUAAACUUGCUUUCGCUACGAUUACGAUUGUGUUUAUAACAUGGCAGUAGUUUCUUUCUUAGAAAUAAUUGGUGUAGAAGUGGAAGCGAGAGACCAUACCACGACUCGUGCAAAUGUUUAUCUGCCGACCAGCCAUUCGUCCAUACAAACCGGAUUGGCAACUGUAUCUUGGAUGGUUUUGGGAGGAAUUGGUGGAGAAAAUCAUCAAGUGAUAAUCAGUGCUGUUGAGUAGUACUUCUACUAUCAAAUCCGGUUCUGUUAUCCAAGCCAAUUUCAGGUUUUUCAAUUUAUUAGUUGAGAACAGUUUUAGAACCCAAUAAUCGAAAGGAAAAUUGGCAACCGAAAAAUAAUUGCUCAGUCGGUUUUUCUGGUUAAUCAGACCGAGGUUUGACACUCAUUUUCUUCCUGAUACUCGUAAGCAGUUAGCGCUUGUUUGGCCGGAAGGAGUUUGCGCUUCGUGAAACAAAUUAAGAUGAGCUCCACCAGGAAAAAGGUCCUAGAUUUCAAGUUUACAAUAUACUAUAUUAGUAUUUAUUUCACAA